UAUUUUCACAAAAUCCAUCAAACAAAAUUUAUGUCUAAAAGUGCUGAAGAUUUUAAAAAUAUCUUUUUGUGAGGUCAUAGAAGAAAAUUUUAAAUUAGCUAUCGCGAGCUCAAAAUUGUUAUUCAAUCGAUCGAAAAACGUCCUAUAAACAAGUUCUUAAUUGAAAUUAUAUUUCAAAAGCGUCAAAAAUUAUGGAAAAAAUGGAAUAUUCUGAACAUUUAAAGAAAUUGUUUCAAUUGCAUUUGUAGUAGUGCUCGAGUGUAAACACAAAGAGUCAACUGGGCUUAUUUUCAUAUAAAAUUGAAGAUUCUCGCUGAAAAAAAACUUUUUUCUCUGGUGUACAAGCGAUUACAAACAAAACAAUUAGUAAAACUUCUAUAAAUAUUCUAGCGCGCGAAAACAGAGCGAACAUAUAAAUUUUCGCUUAAAAAAAGUUUCAGUUUAAAAAUUGAAAAUAUUCAGCUGGUUGCAAAUCAGCUAAAGUUAGCGUCAGAUUAUCAUAUCUGAAUUUGUGUAAUGUCCUUGGUGAAGAUAACCCUGAGAAGAUAUAAAGCUAAAGCUAGAGGACAACAAAAUCAAAUUCAGUUCAAGAAGAGACUUAGUGUUCAUCCUAAUACGAUGUUCAGAAUAAAGAACUGCUUGAGAUCACCGAAAAUGGUUAAUUACUCAAGUGUAAUAAGUUCCUGCAGACUUUAUUAAAUCUAUUUGUUGAUUGAACAUCGAAAUACAAAUAUAAGUUUAAUAAAACGCAUCGUUAAAAUUUUAAGGAAAAUUCGAAAGUUUACAGUAAUAAUUAAGAAAAAAGUUUAAAGAAAGUUAAAAUAUCUGUCAAGAUGAAGCUUUUAGAGUCAACCCGAUUUGAAGCAAUUAAUAACGCUUUGACAAUUCAAACCGGAGACACUACAAUCUUCGGAAGAAUUGAAAGUUACAGCUGCAAAAUGGCUGGCAAUGACAAACAACUUUAUAAGCGAUUCAUCUCAUCUGAGCAAUCAGCUUCUGAUUUACAAGCAUUGUCGCCACCGCAGACAUUAGCUGACAUGUCGCCGUACUUUGGAAGAGGAAGUUAUUCAGGAGAUGAAGGCGUAACACUCUGCGAUACCAUCUCCAGAAAGACGUUGUUCUACUUAAUUGCAACACUGAACUCUACAUUUGAGCCGGAUUAUGAUUUCUCGGACGCUAAGAGUCACGAAUUCAGCAAGGAACCAUCGAUUCAAUUAAUAAUGAAUUCAAUCGACUCAAAUUUGUCAGCUGUUGCGGGAGAACAAUACACACAACUUCAAAACCCGUUGUGGAGUACAAUUGAUGAUGAGAUUCAACUCAAUGAUUGUGACAUUUAUAGCUACAAUCCAGACUUGAAUUCUGAUCCUUUUGGUGAACCAGGUUCAUUAUGGAGCUUCAAUUACUUCUUCUAUAACAAGAAACUCAAACGGAUUGUGUUCUUCACAUGUCGGGCUAUCAAUCCAAACUCGAGCUGCAAUGGUGACUUUGCGAUGGAAGAAGAGGACGUCUACUUUUAAAUCAAUCUUUGAAUGAAAACAUAAACACUUUUGAUUACGAUUAAAAACAUCAAAUGACAAACAACAUAUUUCUACAUAAAAACACAUGAAUUAAAUUUUCAAAAACAAAAAUACAUAAAACUUUCGAAUAGAAUUAAAAUAACUGUGCGAUCGAUGAAUGAGAGCAUGUGAGAGAUGCGUCGUGACAACUCUUUCAUACCUGAUUCGCACGCGAUGCUGGUGAAGAAACUGCUGAUUAUAUUUCUCUUAAAUUUAAGGAAUUUUUUUUUCAAAUGAGACGAAAUUAUCGUUCAUCAUAAAAAAAUAUAUUCUAGGACAGAAAAAAUCUUUCUAACAAUAUAUCAUAAUUAUUCAAGUUUUUAAUAUUAAAGAAAUCGAUGAGAGUGAAUCUGAUGAUCAGUAUAUUUAGUAUUUUUUAAGUAUUUUAUAAUGAAAAAAUGGAAAGUGCGCAUAAUUCUUAGCAGCAAGAAAGAAAACGAAACAAAACGAUUUUUUAUGCUUCAUCCGCUUCACUCGAAUCAGUCAGCAGUUUCCUUUACCCCUGUUUUUGUUUGCAUAAAAAAUAGAAACAAAAAAAAUCUGAUUUAAAUGAAGAUCUCAAUGGAUAUAAAAACGUGCAAACAUUAACAGCUUAUGUGAUUCACUCAAUGAGGCGGGGCGGUUAUAAAUCGCAUGUGAGAACUGCUCCAUUGACUGAAUAGUUAGAAUUUAAGUAAAUAUUUCUUUAUUCGGUUUUUCCUUCUUCCUUAAGUUUUAAAAUUUAAAAUGAAUUUUUGUGACUAACUGUUAGACAAAAGAAAGAAAAAAAGUUUAAAUACUUCGAAUGUGAGGCCUAUCAAGGAAGCUUGUGAGCAGCUUGAUCAUUCAUAGUAAUUUCAAUCAAUUUAUAUUACUUACUUAAAAGAAAAGUGAAAAAUCAUCCUUUUGUGUUGUGAUAAAAGUAACUUUAACAUGAUUUUUAUAAGUCAAUUAAAUAUCAAACCUUUAUAAUCUGAAAAUUUUAUUUUGAUUGAAUUUACUUUCGAUUGACGUUGCCAAAUCGUUAGAAGAUUUUUGAAAAACAAAAGCAAAAGUUUUAUAAUGGGAAUAGAUGAACUACCUAGAUACAUAUUUCUGAGGCAUUAUUUACCUUUUCAAGAUUAAUGAAAAAACUGUAAUUUAAAUUAUGAUUUAAACAUCAAAAGAUAAUAAUACAAACGUGUGGAAUAGAAUUUCGUUUUAGGUGAUGAGAAUAAUAUCCUUAAGAAUCCUUUAAAGUUCAAAACUAUUUUGAUUUAAAUAAAUAAAUAUUUACAAUUCUCAAUUAAUAUCUUUACAAAAGUAAGCGCAUCAAGUGCACAAUGUCUUAACACUUUCUCGCUAAUCAUAUUCUUAGAAUUUAUAGAUUUUCUUUUUAUGCUUAUAUAUAGUGUUAGAUUGAAUAAGGAUUUAAAAACAGUGAAUAAAAUGAACACUUUGAAAAAUUAUUUACGACGAAA